CAGGGACACUUUUAUGUGGUAGUCACUACUUUAAAGUACACUGUUAGUCACCGCCUCUUCGCAAUUCUCGUAAUUAUUUACAGUUUAGCUAUACUGGAAGUAAACUGUGUAGUUUCUUUCUAGUACAUUGUGUCAAUGGCAGAAUCUCGAGGAUUUUCUAGCGGUUUUAACAAGAGCGAAGGCGAUAGAGGUAGAGGUCGUGAUUCGCGUCGAGGCAGAGGACGAGGUCGUGGACCUGCAACUGAAAUCAAAGAAUGGGUUCCUGUAUCUAAACUAGGACGCUUAGUACUUGAAGGGAAAAUAACUUCAUUGGAGGAAAUUUACGUUAACUCUUUACCUAUUAAAGAGUAUCAAAUAGUAGAUUUCCUUUACGAAGGCAAGGGGAGCGAAGAAGGAAAGUCAGCUUUGAAAGAUGAUGUUAUGAAAAUCAUGCCCGUACAAAAGCAAACAAGAGCCGGUCAAAGAACACGUUUCAAAGCAUUUGUUGCCGUGGGUGAUUGUAAAGGUCACGUUGGCUUAGGUGUUAAAUGUGCGAAAGAAGUUGCUACAGCUAUAAGAGGCGCAAUCAUUGCAGCUAAACUGUCUUUAAUUCCCGUUCGUCGUGGUUAUUGGGGAAGUAACAUUGGAGCUCCUCAUACAGUUGCUAUGAAAAUAUCUGGAAAGUGUGGAUCAGUACGCGUUCGUUUAGUUCCAGCACCCCGUGGAUCUCAAGUUGUAGGGGCUCCAACCACAAAAAAAAUGUUGUAUUUCGCUGGUUUACAAGACUGUUUUACAUCAACAACUGGCCGAUCGCGUACUAAAGGCAACUUUAUGAAAGCUUUAUUUGAUGCGUUGACCAAAACAUACAGCUUUUUGACACCAGAUUUGUGGAGAGAAACCAAAUUCCCUAUUUCACCUUAUCAACAACAUUCGGCAAUUUUAAAUGUUUCUUAUAAUGAUGCUGUAAUAAAUAAACCUGUUGCUUAGGCAAAAACGUUUUUUUCGUUGUAUCUUGCAUUUAUCAAUAAGAUUGUUGAACUAAGUUUGAAUCAUUCA